AUGACUUUACUUUCUGCUCCUACAGGAUGGAACGAGAUGGUCUAUGCACCAAUACUGAAUGAUUCUAAUGAUGAGAAUAUUUCACAAAUACAAAAAAAUAUGCUUCUGAUGGAUUCGAAUAAUUGGUGUCCACGAGUUUCAAGAAAAACAGUUGAGGAGGUUGAACAAGUAAAGAAACCAUGUUUCGUAUUGGAUCAAGUGCUUUCAAAAGACGAAUGUAAAUUAAUGAUAGAGUUGAGUGAAAAGAUGGGAUAUGAGGAUGCGGAUAAGUUUUGCUAUGCCUAUAAUGAUCGAUUUAAUGAUCGUUUAAUGAGUGACGAUCCAAAAUUUACUGAAAUAGUCUGGAAUCGUAUAAAGCAACAUCUGCCACAAACAUUGAGUAAGGAUGGCAGAACAUUGCACUUAGCAAGUAUAAAUCCUCGUUGGAGAUUAUGCAAGUAUAAACCAGGGCAUUAUUUCAACAAACACGUCGAUGGCAGCUUUGAGGAUCACAAGAACAAAACAAAGAGUUAUCUCACUCUCAUUAUUUAUCUGAAUUCUCAAUAG